AUGGAUCCAAGCCAACAGAAAACAAACAGGGAUUUACGAGAUGUAGUCCGGCUCGAGACUAAAGAAGAGACUAAAGGGGGUACUUUAGAAGUUAUGAAACCUGAUACCAAAUCUCUUAUACAUAAAAAUGUAUGAGUGCAAUCUAAGGAUCAGAUCAAAAAGAGCGAAAAUAAGGAUGGAAAGAUCCUGCACAAGCAAACAAAGCCUCCAGUUAAGGAAAAGGUCGAGAGCCUUCUUAAGCAGCAUGAAAAUGACAUGUUAGAACUAGAGAAUGAGACCAACGAGAAAAUGAAACUAUUUAGUGAACUAUUGCAAGGAGCUAGCCUCAUACCUUCACCUGAGGCAGGUCCUCAAGCUUCGUCGGAGCCUCAAGCCCAACAUAACGAAGGCCAAGAAUUAGUGACCCUUGUUGAUAAAAAUAGAGAGUUAAUGAACGAAAUCAAGAACAAAAGAAAAGUUUUAGAAAGAUUAGUUCAUGAACAAGAUAGCUUAAGAGAGAAAGUCUCCUCUAAAAGUAAUGGGCUUGUAGAUAUCAGACCAGGAAUGACAGUUGAAGGUGUAUAUGUCUCACUUAGAAGAAGAGGGAAGCUACUUCGAGGCCAAAAAAACCAAGAAGCUCCGAUACUAACAGCUAAAGAAAAAGUACUCCUGCUUCCAGAAAGAUCUGUGAGGAUCAUGAAGGAAUUCCUUGUUGGUCUUAAAGAUAAAAAGAAUCCUCAGAUAGAGCAAAUUUCGAUAGAAAAUAAGGCUCUAAAAGCUCAGGGGGAUCAGCUUAUUAAGAAAAUCAUGGAACAACAUGAGAGUGAUAAGCUACAUGGCUCAAUCGAUGAAAAUGCACUGAAGCAAGAGCUGCAGCAAUAUUAUGAUUCUCUGACGACUUCUUUAGAAGAAAUAGUUAAAAGUAAUCAAGAAAUUGAUUCACUUACAACAGAAUUAGGAGAAACCAGAGAUAGGUUUACAGCAAAGGAAAAGGAUGGGUGCCACCUUCUCUUACAGUAUCUGGAAAUUAGAAGACUUCUCAAUAAAUCUAACCAAGAAUGCAAUAACUUGAGGGCUUUCUCCGAGGGUUCAUCAGAGCUCUUUUCUCAAAGAAGAAGGAAAAAGCAAAGAGUCUUAGAAAAUCAAGCUAAAACUAUUGAAAAUAUUCAAAAAGAGAUCGAAGAAUGGAGUUGUAAGAAUGCAAAAUUAGAACAAGAGGUAAAUGGCAAAGAAGCACAACUAAGCCAGCUCCAGGAUAACAUCCAGAGCUUGGGAGUCCAAGAACUCGAUUCUAAUAUUGAUGCAAACAUAGAGACUUAUAAGAGAAAGCUAGCUUCUCAUAGAGAAAUUCAAGAAGAGUUGGAAGCUUUUCCUCAAAAAUGGGAUGGAGAUUUUAAAGAUUUUGUACAAGAAAUGACAACUUGUCUUAAAGACUCUCUGAAUGACCAUCCCUCAAACAAGGAGUUCCCAGCAAUCAAACAAGACUGGGUAGAUAAAACUAAAGAAAUUUCAGAUCUUGAGAAAUCUAUUUCAAUGCUUGAAAGAUCUCUGGAAGCCCAUAAAAUUAAGACUAAAAUAGCUUCAGAGCUAAGUAGCGAAAUCCAAAGAGUUAAAGAAAGGUUAGAAGAUGGCAUCAACGAAGAUACUUAUAACAAUCUUGUACAGGAGUCCAGGGAUAAACUAGAAGACCUUAUUUUACAAAUUAAGACUAUUAUAACCGAUGUCAAAUAAGGACACCCUCUUGUGCUCCAAAUGCAAAGAUGCAGGAAGUCUCAGCAAUAAGAAUCUCUCUAAAUGUCCAGAGUGACAGGAUCUCUCCAAGAUCAGAGCUAGGAAUGCAACUUUGCAAGCAGAAAUUAGCCAAAAGCAAGCUGAAAACCAAGCUAAAACUGAUGCUUUAUUAGAGAAAGAUCAGUACAUUGCCUCACUUAAAGAAGAAAUAGAGAUGCUUGAAAAAGCUUAUUCUAACACUUCUUCAUUUAUGGAUGCUGACAAAGAACUGGAGUUCUUGAUGGCAGACCAAAUCGAGGCAUCCCUAGUACCAAUUUCUCAGCUCAACGAGCCAGGGUAUUACUUAUUUGGAACAAAGAAAAUCUACGUCAAGGUUCUUGAGCAUGAGCUCAUGGUUAGAGUCGGUGGAGGCUUUGUAGAUUUUGAUGAGUACUUAGUCAGAUAUACAGAUCCAGAGCUGAUUAAAAUUGAAAAACAGCUGAAAAAAGAGAGGGUGAAGAACUAUGAGGAUCUUGAAAUAUACCAAGAUCUUGUUGCUAAAACUCACAGUAAAUGCAAGUCUAAAGAGAGAAUGUUUGUACCGAAGAUAGAGAGGCAAUAAAGCUGAUAAAAAUAUAUGAAAUAAACUUCAAUA